GUGUCUCCCACAUUGGCAGGCGGAUUCUUUGCUGCUGAACAAUGGGGGAAGCCCCCACUAAAGUAGGCUGGUAUUAAGGAAAAUAUACAUUCCCUAUUAAACAUAAAGGGACUGUCUUCAUUAUUCAUAAAGUGUUGUGAGAUCUUAAGAAUGUUUACAGCCAAAGCCAGAAAUACAUGUUGUUCACAUGUGUAGUCACAAAAUUAUAAAUUAUCUCAGGACAAAACAUAUUUUUUUUCUUCAACUACACAAUAAAACAAAACGGCUAAGCUCUUACUUAUAUUCUUAAUAAUAACUCAGAAUACUGAAAACUGUCAUUGCACUACUUAUGUACACUGUCCACCCUCCACAGUGGACUCAUUUCAUUCCUUGAUCAGGGCCUUUGGGAACAUAGAUGCUGGUUGUGCAGAUGUAUGUAUGUCAUUUCAGGGGUCAGUGACAUUCAGAGAUGUGUCCAUAGACUUCUCCCGGGAGGAGUGGGAAUGGCUCCAGCCUGCUCAGAGAGAUUUGUACAGAAAUGUAAUGUUGGAGAACUAUGGCCACCUGGUCUCACUGGGUCUUAACAUUUCUAAGCCAGAUGUGGUUUCCUUAUUGGAGCAAGGGAAAGAGCCCUGGCUGGGGAAUGGAGAUGUAAGCAGAGAGCUGUUUCCAGCUUCAAAGCCAAAUGGUGAGAUCAAAGAGUUUUCUCCAAAAAAUGUCAUAUUUGAAGAUAAUUCAUCCCAGUAUUUGAUAAUGGAAAGAUUUCUAAGCCAAGGCUCUGAGUAUCCCAGUUUUAAAGAAGGCUGGAAAUGUGAACAUGAUACUGAGAUUCUGCAGGGAAAUCAGGGAUGUAUCAGGCAAGUGACAGUUUCCCAUCAAGAAGCUCUGUCUCAGCAUGUGAAUGUCAAUACUGUGGAGAGACCCUAUGGAUGCCAUGAAUGUGGAAAAACUUUCAGUCGGCGCUUUUCCCUCGUGCUACAUCAAAGAACUCAUACUGGAGAGAAACCAUAUGUAUGUAAGGAAUGUGGAAAAACCUUUAGCCAGAUCUCAAACCUCGUAAAACAUCAGAUGAUACAUACGGGAAAGAAACCCCAUGAGUGUAAAGACUGUAAUAAAACAUUCAGUUACCUUUCUUUCCUCAUUGAACACCAGAGAACGCAUACUGGGGAGAAACCCUAUGAGUGUACUGAAUGUGGAAAGGCCUUUAGUCGUGCCUCAAACCUCACUCGACAUCAGAGAAUUCACAUAGGAAAGAAACAAUAUGUAUGCAGGAAAUGUGGGAAGGCCUUUAGCAGUGGCUCUGAACUCAUUCGUCACCAGAUUACACACACUGGAGAGAAACCUUAUGAAUGCAUUGAGUGUGGGAAGGCAUUUCGCCGUUCUUCACAUCUUACCCGACAUCAGAGUGUCCAUACCUCCAAAACCCCCUAUGAAUGUAAUGAGUGCAGUAAAGCUUUCCGUUGCCACUCCUUCCUUGUCAAACAUCAGAGAAUUCAUGCUGGAGAAAAGCUCUAUGAGUGUGAUGAAUGUGGUAAAGUUUUCACAUGGCAUGCAUCCCUUGCACAACAUAUGAAAAUUCAUACUGGAGAAAAACCCUACGCAUGUACUGAAUGUGACAAAACCUUUAGUAGGAGCUUUUCCCUCAUUCUACAUCAGAUAACUCAUACUGGGGAGAAGCCCUAUGUAUGUAAGGUAUGCAAUAAAUCCUUUAGCUGGAGCUCAAACCUUGCUAAACAUGAGAGAACACACACUCUAGAGAACCCCUAUGAAUAUGAAAAUUCAUUUAAUUACCACUCAUUCCUUACUGAACACCAGGGAAUUCACACGAUAGACAAAACCUAAGAAUGUAUAGAUUUUUUUUAAAAAGUAGUUAAUGCCUUACUUUGACUUCAGUGAACUCUUGAAAAGAAGCCUUAUGUGAAUAUGUUGUGAUUAAAAUGUUGUCUAUGCUGUAGUCAGUAUUCUGGAGAAAACCCCCAGGAAUAUUUGGGAAAGCCAUUAAUAGCUGCUUAUUCUCUUUUGUAACAAUAGAAGAUGAAAUCAAUCAGUAUUGAGAAGAUUCUUCAUCUGGUGGUGGUGGUGGUGAGUGGUUUAGUCACUAAGUCGUGUCCAACUCGACCCCAUGGACUGUAGCCUGCCAGGGUCCUCUGUCCAUGAGAUUUCCCAGGAUAGACGACUGGAGUGCUUUGCCAUUUCCUUCUCCAGGGGAUCUUCCUGACCCAGGGAUCAACCCUGCAUCUCCUGCAUUGCAGGCAGAUUGUUUACCACUGAGUCACCAGGGAAGCCUAUACUUUUUCCUAGAGAUAAGAAAAUUCAUAAUGCAGAAAAGUCAAACAAACACAAUGGGAAAUUUUAAAAUACUCUUCUAAGGGGGAAAAAGCAACCCUAUAAAUGAACUUAACAUAGGGUGACUUUCUGAAGUAUUUCAAACCUACAGAAUUAUCCUGGGGAAAAACCACCACUGUAACAAGUGUGGCAAAAUCUUAGCGUUCUAAGAAGUUAUACUGGAUAGAAUUGAUGUGGGAGUUUUUUUCUUAACGGGGAUGUUUGUUUUGGCUUUUUUUAAAGCAAAUUCAUAAAAGCUAUGAAUAAAUCUUUUGAUUUAUAGUAAAUUAAA